CCUGCAAGAGAACGAAUGAAGUAGCGCAGCUCUGACUGAGCCCCUACCGGAGACACCGGGAGGCUGUAGCUUUGCACACUGAGUCCCUGCCGGCGUCGGAGGAUCAUAACGGAGACAGGUCGACGGCAAACAAUGCGAGCCACCCAAUAACGAAGUGGAGACCAACACAACCGGUAUCGUGAUUUCCACAAGAGCAAGAACAAAAAGAAGACAGGCGGACGGACAAACAAAUCCACUGCAGAGUCCACGUUUCAGAGACUAAUAAGUGCGGAGGCUAAGUGGUGUUGCUCCCUGGACCGAACCGAGUGGAUCCAAGAUUUAAAUGUUCUAACGGUACCUUUGAGAGCGCCGGAGAGCAGAGAGGGAGCUGCCCAGAGAGAAAGACAGAGGGAUCGAAGGGGAGAAAACAGGGUUUACAACCACUUUUUGUUGCUAUUUUCCGUGGGUCCAGUUACCGGUAACACUAUCAAGCUGUGUUCUCUAACCAUGGGAUGUACUCUGAGCGCAGAGGAGAGGGCGGCUCUGGACCGGAGCAAAGCCAUCGAGAAGAACCUCAAGGAGGACGGGCUCACCGCAGCUAAAGAUGUCAAGCUGCUGCUGCUCGGGGCUGGAGAGUCAGGGAAAAGCACCAUCGUGAAACAGAUGAAGAUCAUCCACGAGGAUGGUUUCUCUGGUGAUGAUGUAAAGCAGUACAAGCCUGUUGUUUACAGCAACACUAUCCAAUCUCUGGCCGCUAUCGUCCGUGCCAUGGACACACUGGGCCUUGAGUAUGGAGACAAAGAGCGGAAGGCGGAUGCCAAGAUGGUGUGUGAUGUGGUUAGUCGUAUGGAGGACACAGAGCCUUACUCCGCUGAACUGCUAUCCGCCAUGAUGCGUCUCUGGUCUGACUCAGGGAUCCAGGAAUGCUUCAGCCGUGCACGGGAGUACCAGCUCAACGAUUCAGCGCAGUACUACCUUGACAGCCUAGAUAGGAUUGGUGCCGCAGACUACCAGCCGACAGAGCAGGACAUUCUGAGAACCAGGGUGAAGACUACGGGCAUCGUGGAGACACACUUUACCUUCAAAAACCUCCACUUUAGGCUGUUUGAUGUCGGAGGUCAGAGGUCAGAGAGGAAGAAGUGGAUCCACUGUUUUGAGGACGUCACUGCCAUCAUUUUCUGUGUCGCACUCAGCGGAUAUGACCAGGUGUUGCACGAGGACGAGACCACGAAUCGCAUGCACGAGUCGCUGAUGCUGUUUGAUUCGAUCUGCAACAACAAGUUCUUCAUUGACACCUCAAUCAUCCUCUUCCUCAACAAGAAGGAUCUGUUCGCAGAGAAGAUCAAGAAGUCGCCACUAAGCAUCUGUUUCCCUGAGUACACAGGACCAAACACCUACGAGGACGCAGCAGCUUACAUUCAAGCACAGUUUGAGAGCAAGAAUCGCUCCCCAAAUAAGGAAAUCUACUGUCACAUGACCUGUGCCACAGAUACAGGGAACAUCCAGGUGGUGUUUGACGCCGUCACAGACAUCAUCAUCGCCAACAACCUCCGAGGAUGUGGCUUGUACUAAGCACGCCAUGUAAUACCCCACCUCUCAUCCCGUCCCUUCUCCUUCCUUUCCUCUUCAUUUCCUCCUCCUUUCUCAUUCCUCUUCCUCUGGCACUGCUGUGGAAAUGAAGAUGGUGACAAUGCUGAUUAUUAAAAAAAAGAAAAGAACGAAAGAAAAAGAAAAAUGCAACUAGGUACAUAAUAUUGAGGAUAAUUUAGAAAAUACUAGGCAUACAUAUAUAAAUAUAUAUAUAUAUAUAUAUAUAUAUAUAAUGUUUUUAGUUCUUGUCUCUUGCUUGGUCUUCUCCCACUGAUGUUCUCUGGCCUGCUGCCAAACAAACAAACGUGUUUUAAAAGGAAACACAAAACUCUGCAGCCCUGAACCCUGCUCGAACAAAGUUGAUGACGUCUCUGUUCUAAUCUUCUCUUUCCUUUUCCAGUGGUGUCUUUUGUUGCUCACAAAACAUUGUUUUUGUUUUUUUUUAUUACCUUGAAUUUGGUUUGUGUUUUGUAUGUCUGUAUUUAUUACAUCAGCCUGUACACGUUUUUAUUCAUACUUGGUUUCACCUGACACCUUUGUUAUGUAUUAUUUGGUUUCUUGCAAUAGUAGUGUUUAUGUAGUAACAAUUUUGAAUAAAUAUGUGAAAUGUCUGUCAUUUAAAAAAAAAAACAACAACAUUAGACAGGUCGGCCAAUCAAAACCUUCGGAAAAAAAAAAACCUCAUGACCUGCUGAAACAGAUUAACAUCAAUUUUUGUUUACAUUAGCAGAGACACUUUGAAAACCUUUCACACUUACACACUUUACUGUUCCGCAAAGAGUCCCGACGUGGACAGGAAGUGAUGCGUUUCCAAACCUGGCUUUAGGAAGUAUGUGAAAAUAUCAGUGCCAGGUGAGACAUGCAGGUACUGUACUGUAGAUAGUAAUGCCUGUAUGUGCAAGUACACGUUAUAACUACCUUUCUCACUAUUCUAACCUCUACUAAUACUCUUGGUGUAAGGAAGCUCGGUCCUGGUUGGAUAACGGUUGAUUAAUUUAUUAAUUUAUUUAUUGAUGAUCACCUACAUCCAUUUCUCUUUCUCGACGUGUAUAUGCCGUUAUGCCUUUGCGGCUCUCGCCUCCAUCCAUGCAUGGCACCCUGGCAUACCGCUCUUACGUAGAGGUCAAAGGGGAAGUCCGAGAAUAGCGUAAAGGGUGAAAGCCCAACUCUCUCUCCUCCUGUUUCUCUUAAAGCCUUGACAUGGAUAGCAUGAUCUACUCAAGCCUUUGUAUAAAGUCACUAGUUUCUCAAAAACUGGGGGCAAAAAAAUGAUUCACAUGGAUAUACAGUGAUGUGAAUAAGUGUUUGCCCCCUUCCUGAUUUCUUUUUUGCAUCUUUGUCACACUUAAAAUGCUUCAGAUCAUCAAACAAAUCUAAAUAUUAGUCAGGGACAACACAACUUAACACAAAAUGCAGUUUUUAAAUUAUUAUGGGACAAAAAAAAUCCAAAUCCACAUGGCCCUGUGUGAAAAAGUUAAAACAUAAUUUAACUGAGAUUAAUUGAGAUUAUCAGUCUGGAAAAAGUUACAAAGCCAUUUCUAAAGAUUUGGGACUCCAGUGAGCCACAGUGAGAGCCAUUAUUCGCAUGGAACGUUGAACAGUGGUGAACCUUCCCACGAGUGGCCGGCCAACCAAAACUACCCUCAAGAGCGCAGCGACAGCUCAUCCAAGGGGUCACAAAAGACCCCACAACAUCCAAAGAACUGCAGGCCUCACUUGCCUCAGUUAAAGUGUUCAUGACUCCACCAUAAGAAAGACACUGGGCAAAAACGACUUGCAUGGCAGAGUUCCAAAAAGAACAUUAAGGCUUGUCUCAAUUGUGACAGAAAACAUCUUAAUGAUCCCUAAUACCUUUGUUAAAAUACUCUGUGGUCUGACAAGUUGAACUUUUUGGAAGGUGUGCGUCUCAUUACAUCUGGUGUAACAGUAAUGCCGUAUUUUAGGAAAACAACAUCAUACCAAACAGUAAAAUAUGGUGGUGGUAGUGUGAUGGUCUGCGGCUGUUUUGCUGCUUCAGGGCCUGGAAGACUUGAUGGGAUAAAUGGAACCAUGAAUUCUGCUGUCCAGCAAAAAAUCCUGGACGAGAAUGUCUGUCAUGACCUCAAUCUGAAAUCUACUUGGGUUCUGCAGCAGGACAAUGAUCCAAAACACACCAGCAAGUCCACCUCUGAAUGGCUGAAGAAAAACAAAAUGAAGACUUUGGAGUGGUCUAGUCAAAGUCCUGACCUGAAUCCUAUUGAGAUGCUGUGGCAUGACCUUAAAAAGGUGCUUCAUGCUGGGAAACCCAGCAAUGUGGCUGAAUUACAACAAUUCUGCAAAGAUGAGUGGGCCAAAAUUCCUCCACAGCGCUGUAAGAGACUCAUUGCAAGUUAUCGCAAACGCUUGGUUGAGGAGGCAAUCACUUUUUCACACGGGGCCAUGUAGCUUUGGAUUUUUUUUCUCCCUUAAUAAUAAAAAGUUUCAUUUAAAAACUGCGUUUUGUGUACAGUUGUGUUGUCAUUGACUAAUAUUUAAAUUAGUUUGAUGACCUGAAACAUUUAAGUGUGACAAACAUGCAAAAGGAAAAAAAAGAAAUCAGGAAGGGGGGGGGCAACACUUUUUCACACCAGUGUAGUGCAGAUAAGAAUUACUACAAUGAUUAAAAAUGGAAAAAAAAAAAAAAAAAAACUGGAAAAAAAAAUGAGAGCAGAAUUGAAGCGGGGGAGUUCUUCAAUGGAACCUACCAUCAUUUUGAAAGUUGAACGAUUAUGUGGGAGGCUGUUGGAAAGUGUAGAUUUGGGGACUCCCGCAUCGACGGUGGAAAAGAAAACGGUUUUAGAAAAGAAUAUCACACCGGUGACGACGAUGGAAUCACUGAAAUGAACAUGGGUAUUACACAACAAUGAUCACAAUCAUCCUGUAAUAUUCUAAAAGAUUUCUUGUGCUUUGUAGCUACAGAACCUUUUUCCCCUCUAUCUCCCUUUUUUAAAUCAAAAUAAACGUUUUACAAUAGGUUCCAGAUAGACGGCAAGUUGAUUUGGAACCGCAGUGUUCUCAGAUGAUGUAUGCUUUGUAAUGCUUUGAACUGUGCACAACCCUCCGCCCUCCCGUUAUACCAUUUUGCCUGUUUCCCUGCAUUAGAACUCAUGUCCUCACUUUAGCCUGAAUGAUUAAACGAUAAUAUUCUAACAAUAUCUAUUUUUAUUAUUUCAGAAAAAUAAACCACUUUUUUUGGGGGGGGGAGAGCACAUUUCUUGCUGCAUCGGCUCAUUGGUGAUGCCACAUGUUCACACAUCGCUGUAUAAAAAAAAAAACCUUGUUUCCUCCUCCUCUGUUCCUAAUUAAUUUGACACACACCUUCCAGGUCUACAAUGAAAAGCACAGUUACACACACACACACACACACACACACACUUUCUUACACUUAAACACUACGUAGAAUUUGAAAAUGUCUUAUGUAUCCAUACUGAAUCUAUGUUAGCCCUCAUCGAUCUAUCUUUCAAACGAUGUAUGUAGACCUCUCUUUCUUGUCCUUAUCGUUUUUAAAAGAGAAAGCAGCUGUGUACAACACGAUAUACCUGUUUUGUUUUCUUGAUACCUCCAUUCACUUUUUUUUUCUUUUUUUUUUUACCUUAAAUGUUCUGUUCUUUAACCAGUGAAUGCUUUUUUUCUGUGCAGCUUUUUCUCUCUCCCUCCUCUUUAGUGAAUGGUUGUUAUUUCAUGUGGGAUGUCCGUGCUGGAAAAACCAAUCGAAUGUAGUGUUUACAUUAAAAAGCCACUGUUUUCAUGACGACAAAAA